AUGGCGGAAUUACAGGGAACCCCGGUUACACAAGACGCCCUGUCCGUAGCCCAGUUAGAACUCGGUGGGAAUCCAAAUGCCUUAGCUUUGCGUAGGCCGUUUGACCCGGUGGCACAUGAUCUCGACGCAACCUUCCGCCUUACGCGGUUCGCCGACCUAAAAGGAUGAGGGUGUAAGGUCCCUCAGGAGGUUCUUGGAAAACUCCUCGAGGGACUACAGGCCGACGAUGGUAGCGCACAAGAUCAUGAGCAUGCCCAUUUUAUGCACAUGGCCAUUCCACGCAUUGGUAUUGGCAUGGAUUCCUCCGUGACACCACUAAGGCAUGGAGGGCUUAGUUUGGUACAGACUACAGACUUUUUCUAUCCACUAGUUGAUGAUCCUUAUAUGAUGGGUAAAAUUGCGUGCGCUAAUGUGAUCAGUGACUUGUACGCCAUGGGUGUCACUGAGUGUGAUAAUAUGUUAAUGCUAUUGGGAGUCAGUACAAAGAUGACUGAGAAAGAAAGAGAUGUUGUUGUUCCUUUGAUCAUGAGAGGGUUUAAGGAUUCUGCUUUGGAAGCUGGCACAACAGUGACAGGAGGUCAGACGGUUGUUAAUCCUUGGUGUACAAUAGGAGGAGUUGCUUCCACUGUUUGCCAACCGAACGAAUACAUUGUCCCAGAUAACGCAGUCGUCGGUGAUGUUCUGGUUCUAACAAAACCUCUUGGAACCCAAGUAGCUGUUAAUGCUCAUCAAUGGUUGGACCAACAAGACCGUUGGAAUAGAAUUAAACUUGUGGUCAGUGAAGAUGAUGUAAGGAAAGCUUAUCAGAGAGCAAUGGACAGUAUGGCCAGGCUCAACAGAAUAGCUGCCAGAUUAAUGCAUAAAUAUAAUGCGCAUGGAGCAACAGACGUAACGGGUUUUGGUCUUUUGGGGCACGCACAAAAUCUAGCCAAACACCAGAAGAACGAGGUCUCCUUUGUUAUUCAUAAUUUACCCGUUAUUGCAAAAAUGGCAGCUGUGGCAAAAGCCUGUGGUAACAUGUUCCAACUCCUUCAAGGCCAUUCGGCAGAAACCAGCGGUGGAUUGCUUAUUUGCUUACCGAGGGAACAGGCUGCUGCAUAUUGUAAGGAUAUCGAAAAGCAAGAAGGAUAUCAAGCAUGGAUCAUCGGAAUUGUCGAAAAAGGAAAUCGCACAGCUAGAAUAAUCGAUAAACCACGAGUGAUAGAAGUUCCAGCGAAAGAGAAAGACGGAGAGCUUUGGUAAAGGAUCGAAAAUUGUCGUUGAUCCUUUCAUUUACCGUCAUAUGUUUAGAAGAUACCACACGCAACACAGGCAACACGCAUUUACAUAAACAGACACCUACAAAUUCAGAGCACUUUAUAUGUGCACCAUUCUACGAGGAGCUAACGAAUUUUGAAAUCUUUUUCACUGGAUAAAAUACUGAUGAUUCUAUGUUCGUUCCGUGGAUUGAAAGCGAGAUGUAACAGUAACGAUUUAUGUGUUAUCUUUAUUAAAGUUUAAUCUCAAGUUUAUAGUUUAAGAAGGUAACCGUUUCGUUCAUUUUUGGUUUUUGAUUUUGUCGAUGAAGCCAAGAAAACGUUGCGGUAUAAAUACUUUCAACAUGUUCUUAGUGGUCUUCCUGACAGCUUUGAACGCUUAUUUGAAACAAUUUGAUAAAAAUACGGGGAAACAAUGAAAAUGUUAUGAAUUAUAGUCUAAGAUUAAAACUAAGUACAUUAUAAGUACAGCAGCCCCCCAGGUAGCACUAGGCUCAGGUUAAGCUUUCAAACUGCAUUUGAUCAAACUUGCGACACGUUGAAAAACGUUUUGGGUGCUUAGCGUCAAUCAAGAAUGUUAAGAUACACAAAUGGAUGGAAAUCGUGAUUACAAAGAUCUAUGAAUAUAUUUUAAAGGGGUAUACAGUAUCACAACAAAUUUUAACGAUACAAUGUACAUUAUUUUAAUUCAGGAAUUAGGAAAGAAGAAACAUUCGAACCAUAGUUAUGUAAAUGCAAAUUUUUUAACAGAGGGGACGUUACUACCCCGUAGUAUACAGUGACAGGCUUUCAAUGCCAAUGAGAUUUUCACAAUUUGUAAUUUUGAUCUAUUGUUACAUAGAACGUGUAAGAUAUCCAAGGGGCGGGGGGGAGAAAGGCCUUCUCUAGUUCUCUCGUUAUAUACGCCUUUGAAAAUAAUUAUAAAAAAAAAAGAAGAGAUACAAGAAAAAAGAAUGAGCACAGGCCCUAAUGUUGUAUUACUUUUUCAUAUGAAUAAAAGUGCUACUUUGUCAA